AUGCUUCCUUCACGCCAAGAUUCAAAUAAUCAUUAUGAUGCGCCCAAUAAUACCCAUAUACAGAGAGCCUAUCGUGUAGAAACCAAUAAUAUAAAUAACGAAUAUGCUUCAAUCAAGGAUUCAUAUAGUCCAUCACAUGCGACCAGUUAUAGUCGUGACAACAACUAUGCAUCUACGCGUCCACGAGUGUCGACGAAUUCAUCAGAUGCUCCAAGAGAGCGUGCUAAUUUUCGAAAUAAUAACGAUGAACAUAGUGUUGUCUUCCGAAACAACCAAUUCAGAGAUGCCGAAGGCAAUAGUGAAGGUUUCGAGAGUUCACGCAUUACAGACCGAGCUGCUGCGUCUAAUACUCGAAUAGUUUCUGAACGACAAAGACAAUUUCCAUCAACUCAACAACCAUCAUAUGCUGCGACCUAUGCAUCUCAGCCUAUUCGACAAACAGUUUCAGCUAACGGACGCACAUGUGUGUUAGAUAUUAGUAUAACAAUAAGUGCUGGAGGUCAACCAAGAAUUAAUGCUACUAGUAGCACUCCAAGACUGCCAGCAGGUCCAACCACCACAGCAACAUACGACAAUGUUCGUUAUGUAGAUUUAGAGUUGCGUUCACCUCAAAAUACUGCGACAUUUACUACAGAUGGGAACGUACAUCGUUCAUAA